CUCACGCUCUUUAUACGUUUGUCAUUUAUUUAAUUCCGUUUUUGCCGUGCUCUUCGUUUGAUGGUUCCAUUUUAUUUUCUUUCGUAUUCUUGCUCAGUUUUCAUGUCAUGUCCGCUGUUCGCUCAUAAUAUUCAAGUUUAUCAAUUUAUCUGUAUUUGCGGCAAUACGUCGUGUGUGCAUUUUGUGUUAUGUGCGUGUGUAGAAAGAGGUAGAGAAGAAAAAUAAACGGCAGGCGAGGAAAAGUUUAACAAAUACUACAUCAUUUGUAUUGCAUGUGCGAAUAAAUGCAAUGCAAUAAGUUGAAAAAGUGGAAAAUUGAAGUGAAAAUCGGUAGUUAAAUUUGCAUUGCAUUUUGCGAAAGGGCAAAGAAGAAAUUUGCACAUUAAGUUCGUACGUUCCAUAGAGUGUUGUUCGGCUCGGAUGGCCUCGGCUCACUCGUCGCGAGUUAGCGUUGCAAGAAAAAGCAAAAGCAUUGGUGUGUACGCGUGUGAAUAAUGUGCUGAGCGUUGUUAUUCAGUGAGUUUUGGAACGCGGUUAAACUAAAUGCUGGAGGUGAGUUCCAAAAGCAAAGCAGAAAACGCAGCAUUGGUUGUGUUCAGGCACAAACGCUUUGAGCGGGAGCCUUUUCGCCGCUCAAUAUAAUCGCAUAUCCACGUAUGUGCGUAAAGUGAGGAAUCACUCAGAAAGGAUUAAAGAACACAAACAGUUUGCUAAUAUUGCCAGCAGUCUUUAGAGCUCUGAAAAAAUUGAAGCUUUAGCUGCGAGUAGCAAAAAUAUAAUGUCGACACGUAAAACGUCGGCAGCAGCAACAACAGCGGCUGCAACAACGCCACAAGCUGCAACAUCAAGUGCAAAGUCGGAAAAUGCGACAGCAAAAGGAGCGUCGGCAACAUCUACAACAGCAAAGACAAUAGCAGUGGCAUCCACAAAGACUACUUCAUCCACAACAAACACAAGUGCUGAGGAGAAAGCCGAAAUGGGGUCGAAUGCAUCCACUGUCACUUGUGUUGAUGUUGAAAUGAGUGAAGUGACAGAAUCAGUUAAUACAAACAAAGAAACAACAAAGACAGACAUUAAACGCGCCAGUAGCGAGCCAAAGCGUAUAACGAGAAAUUCUCCGUUACUACUUGCAUCUCCAACACCUUCUAGUGGCGCCAGAAAGGAGUCGCGUAGUAACGAAACUUGUGAUUCGGAAUUGACAAAUAGUGAGAGCGAAGACGGCGGUGGUGCUCCGCGACGAUCAUUGCCUAUAAAAGGGCGCAAAUCACUAAAAGAAUGUAGAGAGACCAAAAUAUCUGCCGAAAAGGAUAAAACGGAGACUGAUAAUGCGGCAGAAGUCAAUGAAUCUCAUAAGGCGGCAAAGGAUGUCAAAGAGAAAGAAGUUAAGGUAUCUAAAGAAAUUAAAGAGUGUAAAAAGAAAGAAGAUGGUGAAACAGAUGAAAGCACGAAAGACAAUAGCCUGGCAAAUACACAUGUUAAUGAUAGCACUCAUACUCAAGCAUCAGCAACAAACAGGCUAACUAGAAAGUCUGUGGCACAGGAACUGGCGGCUAAUACCCGAGUAACUCGUAACCGCCAAUCGAACACAUAUCGUCCUGAAACUCCUCCAAACGCCACAACUUCUACAUCGACACGUCCUCGUCGUUCCACAGCCGGGAAGAAAAAUUCAUUUUCAUCAGGUGAGCCAGCUUCAAAACGUAAACGUGCCGAUGACGAAGGUCCUACAAGUGGAACUACAGAAUCCCAUGUUAUGAAAUCUAUCAAAAUUGAACCGAAAGAUGACUUCGAGGUUGCAGAGGAUGAGUUGCCUCCACCAAACCAUGCGACCGCCAGCAGUAGUAAUGAAACUGAGGUUUUGAAAAUAAAAUCAGAGCCUGUUGAAAGUGACGAAUCUGCAACAGAUGUGUGCAUAACAAACUCCAGUGUGACGCGAAGUCGUAGCCGUUGGAGUGCACGCAAACCACAUCAAACAAGCCUGCAAAAUUCCCCAAGCACGCGUGCAACGCGGCACUCGAAGACCGCCUCGCCAUCGCCAACUCCUCUAAGCGGUAAUACAGUAACGGAAGGGAAGCGUAAACGUAUCAACGCUCAAUCGAAUGCACUAACGCGUAGCUCAUCACUGACGCUUCUAAAGACUGCAGCAGUAACAGGCGUCACCAAUCCUGCCGCCACACCACUUCAUGUACCUGACGACGACUCUAAAGACAGCAUGGCAUCUUCAUCCAUAGAUGACUUGUUACCGGAUAUAAAGAUGGAAAAGUUGACACCCGAUUUGGCUGAUGAAAUAAAUUUGGACAAUGAGGUGGAUGAAAAACAUGUCGGCGCUAGCAGUGCCGUUGCUGUGCCACUCACAGUUGAAACGGAAAUGAACAUAGAAUCAAAGGAUAUGAAUGUACCCAAUGCAAUUGAUGGAAUAAAGGAUGUUUUGCCAAAAGCACAGCCAAGCACGUCAUUGGCCACUACCAGUAAUUCCUCAGCAGCCAAUGAAGAAGCUGUUAAGGCAGCCUCACUUAGUCCAGAAAUGGUGAGUGAAGGGGUGAGUGAAAUCAGUGUCAAACAAUUCUACAAAAAACCGAAAUUCUUGGAAAAUAAUUUGGGAAUUGAAGAAGAUCCAAAAUUAGGAGAGAUUGUCCAAAAAGUGUCUACAGAGAAGGAAAAAGAUCAAACAAGCACAUAUGAAAAAGAUAUAAUUAAUGCAGUGGAUAGUGAUGGUACUUCAAUACCACCUAAGCACAAGGCAGCGAAUGAUGAGAGUGAUGCAAUAUCGAUUGAGAGCGAUGAAAUAAAAGAAGGUGAUUUACGAGUAGAUGAAACUCUUGAAGAUAAGAAAAAUUCAUUCACUGAAGAUGCCAAUAGCUUAAGCACAGAAAUUUUGUCACCACUAGUAAUCGAGGAAGAUGAUGAAGUGGAUGCUAUUGCCGAGGAUGUUAUAGAAAUAACGGAAUGUGCGGAAAGUGAAGCAUCCAAAGGCGACAAAGAAGGCACGAAACAAGAUCUUGAAGACCUGAAAAACGUGGAGGAAAUAGAGGGCGAGGAUGAUGUCACAAUGGAGGAAUGCGAGACAAUUUCAAUAGAUAAUCCCCCAGUGCAUGAAAAUAUAGUGGACGAGACACCCGUUGACGGAGAUUUAGAAAAUGACUCUAAGCAUUUGGAGAAUGCAAUUGAUUUCGGGGUAUCAAAUGGAAAAGAUAAAAAAAUCAAAGAAAAGACUAAAACUGAAUGUGAUAGUAUAGAAGCCAAGCUUACAGUUGAAAAUGAAAAUAAUAUUGAUACGAAAGAUGAACUCACUGAGGGUGAAAUGGAUGCAAAGGUAAAAUGUCUAGUUGAGGAGGAGAAAGUGAUAACAAAAUACUCAGAAGACAAGCCUCUCCAAAUGGACGUUGAUGGGGAUGAAUGCAUAGACCUAGCGGAGGCCAUGGAUACUGUUCAUUCAGAUGAGGAGGAUGAAACCAAAUUAUGUAUUGAUAUGCAGGAAGAAGACAGCUCAGCUGCUAAUAUGGAGAUUAUAGAAAACAUUGAAGACGAUGAGGUUGUUGCUAAAAUUGAUGCCGAGUUAAAAAAAUAUGACGAUUUAGAGAAGAGCAAGGUCCGAGAAAAAGUAGUUAUUGCUAAUUCGGCUAACUCCGAAAAUAAUUUCGAACAUAAAGAAAUUAAGUUGCCCCUUCUUGGUGAUUUAAUUAAAUCAAAUUGUAUUCUGAAAGACGAAAAAGAAUCUAUUAGCACCACUGAUAGGCUGGAACAAAAUGAGAGUAACCCUGUUGAGAUAGCAUUGCUUGAAUCUGCAGAGGGUGUUGAAAUAAAGGAAUCAAACGAUACAGAUAAUACAGAAAAGGAGACACCAUUUUCUUCUACAGCAAAUUCGCCAGCUAAACCCUUAGUUGGUCAAAAGGAGGACGAUUCAACAUCCAUGAAGUCCGGCCAAUCGACCGACAGUAGCUCCUGGGUGACGCUUGAUUUGGAGCACGAUGAGGAGGCAUUACGUCAAAAGGAACAGCACUUGCAAAAUCUCGGACUUUUAACACAUAAGGCUGCCGAAAAGCAACGUCAAGAAUACAUAAAAAGUUCCGCAGCUGCAGAAGCUUCACGUGCCCAGCACCAAAACAGCAGCAGCACUGGAAGUAAACGCAAUGGCAAAUCGUCGAGUACUGCUGUAGCGCAGGAGUACACCGGUACGUUAAAAACAGUCAUUAAAAUAAAUCGCAAUACAAGCGGGGGAAGCCAUGCUUCGACCUCGGGGGCUAGUAAUGGCCGCAAAAGCAACGGUAAUGGCAGUCAACAUUCAACGGCUUGCGCUGGUACCUCAAAAGACGCGACAAAUGGCGGCACGGUUCGUAGACAAUCACUAAAAAUGACAUUCCAAAAGGGCCGGGCACGCGGUCAGGGACAUGCAGACCGCGCUGCUGAUCAGCACAGUAAUGUGGAGGAUGCCUAUUACACUAUUCAGAACGAGAACGAAGGUGGGCUAAAAGCAGGCAAUGCCGGUUCUACGGCGGAGCAUUCAAAUGUUCAAACGCAUGGUAGAAAAUCAUACAAUCGAUCUAACACUACUAGCCAUUCUACAAAUACCGCUACCAUUGACUCCUCACAUUCGGAGAGUUACGACGCAAUACGUCACCACCCCAUGGCAAGUACUUCACACAAAAAGGACGAAAAAGAGGAAAUACUCAUACCUGAAAAGGCGUCGUCAUUCAAAUUUCACCCUGAACGCAUAUGCGAUGAUCAGUGUUUUUACUGUAGCGGCAAAUUUGGGAUUUAUGAUACUCCUUGCCAUGUAGGCCAAUUAAAAUCAGCAGAACGACAGCAAAAGAUACUUGCAAACGAAGAGAAAAUAACAGUCGAUAGCUGCUUGUGUGAUGCUUGUUUCCGACAUGUUGAUAGGCGUGCGAAUGUUCCAUCCUACAAAAAACGUGUGUCUGUAACAGGCGGUCUCGUUAAUCGCGCUGGUCCAUCAUCUUCAUUAGGUGUUAGGGAGAUUGGCGAUGCCCCAUUGGAAGUCGAUGAUGCUCCACAGUUUCACAAGUGCUUAGUGCCAAACUGUGCCAAUCCAGCUGCACGUUCGCUGCGCCGCAAAUGCAUACGGAAAAGUGUGAAAAAAUUUCUGUUAAAAUUCGACAUGCCAACCGGUUCAACUUGCGUAUGGCUAUGUCAAAACCACUAUGGCACCGUUAUGCAGUGCACAGGAUGUGUGCUCUGCAAACGACGGCUAGGCAAAAACCACAUGUACCAUAUAACAUCGGACACUGAUCGCCUCGAAAAAGCAUUGACGAAGAUGGGCAUCCCGGUGAAGUUGGGCAUAGGCACCGCUGUCUGCAAAUUAUGCCGUUAUUUUGCAAAUUUACUAAUGAAGCCGCCAGAGACCAACAAAGAACAGAAGGAUGAAUUCGUAAGAAACUAUCGCAAACGCCUACUACAAUUCCACAAUAUUCACGAUGGAAGUAACGACGCUUCCGAAGCAGAUGAUGAAGGUCGCAAUUGCAACAACUUUAUUGAUGACGCAGAAAAGCCACACUGUUCUAAGAGCAAAACGCAAAAAAAAUUGAACCAAACCGAUAGUAGCAUAGUACUUGAAGUGACGCCCGUAAAGAAUUUACCUUCACCAGCAGACUCCAACGGAUCUUCGAUUGAAUGUUUGGGCGAGACAACACCAAUGGAAGUCAGUGCUAGCGAGAAUAAUGAUUCUGAAAAACAGUCCCAAUCAAAACCUCACCUAAUGAUUGCAAGCGAUGUUUUGGUGGACUAUGAUCCACCUACAACACUGUCCACCGAUUCAAAUUCGUCUAGUGCUCCGAUGUCUCCAACAAAUAGUGGAGCUCCUGAGAAACAACAAAUGUCUAAACUUAAGGCGAUCUUGCAAAGUAGCAGUGGCAGUUCCAGUGCCAGUGCGUCGGCCGUGAAAUCUUCAUCAUCCUCAACGGCUGGCACUGCUGCCAAUGAUAUAUCGAAUGUUCUGCGUGCCAAUCCCAACAUUUCUAUGCGUGAACUCUUUCCAGGCGAGGAGGAUCUCGGUUUGAAUUUCAAGGUGCCUUUUGGUAGCAGCACCAGCCAGCGUACACCUGAAGGUUGGACCAGAGUACAAACAUUUUUACAAUACGAUGAGGCAACACGUCGCUUAUGGGAGGAGUUACAAAAGCCUUAUGGCAAUCAAAGUUCUUUCUUGCGUCAUCUAAUACUAUUAGAAAAAUACUAUCGCAAUGGUGAUUUGGUGCUUUCACCCAACGCCUCAUCAAAUGCUAAUGUUUAUACACAAACGGUGCGACAACGUCUCACCUCAUAUGAUCAGGGUCACUGCGGUGGAUUAGUCAGUGCCAAACCCAGUCCGCCAACUAGCAAGCGAAGCAGUACCGACAUUCCGACAGUAGAAAUCAAUGAAGAUGACGAUGAGCCAAAGCGCACUGGUUCGGCCCAAAAUAACGUCCAACAAAUGGAAGUAGAGGGUGUGGCACGAGAGUCUCCCAAUUCAAUUCGUGCAAAGCGCUCUCGCAGUGAUUCUGUGGACAAGCUCACCAAACAGUUGAGCUCUAAUGCUGUAACCAUAAUAGCGCGUCCAAAACCACACACUCAACCAGCGGGAGAUCCUUCUCCCCAGAAGUCACUAUUGAAGGAAAAAUCUAUAGAUAACAGUGUAAUAGCUUCAACUACGCUCACUGUUUUGAGCGGUAACAACGCUAGCGGAGGCGGCAAUAAUACUAAUAACAGCAAUACAUCAAGCAAUAGCCGCAGCAUUUUGAAAACGAAUCUGCUCGGUAUGAAUAAGGCUGUUGAAAUCGUACCAAUAUCAGCUGCCAGUAGCUCUGGUGCUGGUGGCUCCAAUGCAGCGAAUACUUCCGGUAAAACACAAAGUGAGAGUAAACAUCAAAAAAUACUGGAUCUUGCAAAUAAGCUCUUGGACAAUCGAAUCGAAGCAGCGGCUGCUGCAGCAGCAGAGCAAACGAAAACUGGCACUGGCUCAUCAUUACUAACAUCUCCACCGGAACUAGUAAGCUUACAGCGUCGUUCAGUUAGCGUUGCGAGUGGGAACUCCACUAAUACUGUUAGCGCCAAUGCAGCGCCCUCAGCUAGCAUUGCAACUGUAUCAUCUCUCACAGCCAGUCUCAUAAACAACAAGCGUCCGCAGGGCCCUGCCAAGGGAGUAGGUGGCACCGGCGAAAAUAAUACAGCACCGCAUCGCGUGCCUCCACCAAAUGUGGUCAUAUUACCGGACACCCUCACAGUGCGAGAGCGACAGCAACGCAGUUGGCGUCCAACUUUGAUGCCUGUUGAGGAGAAUUUGCAUUUAAUUGACAAGGGAGGACCGCUUUAUCAAACUGCAGACGGGCGCCGGUUGCCAGCGCUGGUGCAAGUGCUGUCGGGUGGUAAGCCAUUCCUCAUCUCUAUUUUCGAUUACAAUCGGAUGUGUAUCUUGAGACGUGAAAAGUUGUUGCGCGAUCAGAUGUUAAAGACUGGCAAGAAUCCACACGACCCCAAGCAGCAGCACGCGCAGCAGCAACAACAACAACAACAUCAGCAGCAGAAUGCAGGGAAAGUAGUGUCAGCGCCAAACCCGCAAGUGGCGAACUUCAACAAGCACGUCGGCAAACAACAGCAUCAACAUCAGCAGCAGCAGCAACAACAACAACAACAACAGCAUCAAGCAGCUCAACAACAACUGAUGCAUUUGCAAAUGUUGCAAAUGCAAAAACAAGCUGCCUUAAAACCACCCGGUCGCUAUCCAUCCAUCGCACCUAAAACCACAGCAACCAUUAGCCACAAUGGCGGUGGGGGUGGAGGCGUUAACGGACCUGCCACUUCUCAUGCGCCAGCUACGAACGUUAAUGUGCCAAUUUCGAGCAGUAGCGUUUUUUCCUCACCGAUGAUGCCAUUGCUCACCAAUGCAUUCUCAAAUCCGAAUUCAAACCCUCUUGCCGCCGCGGCUGCAGCAGCAGCGGCUACAGCCAAACUUAAUACCAAUGCUUGGAUCUGGAAUUUCCCUGAACCGAAUCAUAUGAUUAACGGCAACAUGGUAGCUGGCCAGGGUGCACCCAAACUGCCACAGCUGCUGCACAAAGGUCCGCCAGUCGGCAUCGGUGGUAAUAUUUCUGCAACGAUCACAUCGAAGCAACAACAACAACAGCAGCAACACCAGCAAAUGCUUAUCGAUAACACGUUGAUGUCGAAAAUUCCAAAGACUCUAACUGUCAUACCGCAACACAAGCUAAUGGGCACCAGCGGCAACACGGCGUCUAAUAUAAGCCACAAGGAGUGAUGACGACUUAAUUGUUACGCGAGUGUGAAGGGUAGAAGAGAACGCAGACAGAGUAGACUGUACGGAGCAUGGCUGAGUAGUUGAGCAGUUAGUGAUUAGAUGAGGACGACGAGGAGAUAAACAUGUAAGAUUGCCUUUCGCCAAGAGCUUACACAUACAUAAAUACAGGUAAACUUCCAGCUUUCGCUUCAGUGCAGAUCACAUAGCGAUCGUAUGGACUUAAGCGAAAGCAUAAGUAUGUAAAGAAACCUUUUUAGAUAGUUAAGUUGUUGCCAGUACCCUAAGCAUUCAACAGAGUAAAUAAGUGGACUAAAAACUAAGUAUUGUUAUUUGGCUGGUGCUUUUACAAACCUAAACCGAGUUCAGCAUUUAACGCCAUAUCAGUUAAAAGGAAAUGAGGUUAGUGUAUGCCAGGCAGAUGAUUUAAUUAUUUGCUGAUGGAAAGAUUUAAAGAAAAACAAAAUUUCGACGGAAUGAUUUAAAGAAGAACAAGAUUUCGACGGAAUGAUUUAAAGAAAAACAAAAUUUCGACGGAAGGAUUUAAAGAAAAACAAAAUUUCGACAUUUUUGCACGACAGUCUCAAAUAAAAUGUAAUCUUGGCCUAAGCGACAGUUGAUGAUUUUUUUGCUAUAACACCAUUUACACUGUUAUUUGCGAUGAUUGUAGCAUUUCACAAAACUUGCUUCACAGUUCCAUACUAUUUUUGUGUCUUUGACUUUUAUAACAAUUAACAGUUCCAUUUAAAGUAGAUUUAAAUAUAUGCUGCUAUGUGAGUGCAAUUGCAUAUUUUUCAUGCAUAAAAACACACAAACACAAAAUAGAUUAAAUGGUUUCAAGAAACACACUAUGCAACAUACACAUGCAACUCCUUUGGAUGAUAUGAAAUUAAACAUUGCAGACAAUCAUAGAAUUCAAGCGGUUAUGUGCUGAAUUGCAAAAUUUUGAAAAAAAUGCUGCCAAAAAACGGUCAAUUGAUUUUCAGUUUCAGAACACAGAACGACGUGAAAAAUCAGUUCAUCAUGAGAAACAAAAUUAGAUUAGGAAGGAAACAGCAAAUUAUUAUAAAACAUAUAAAUGAAUGCUAGCUGGUAUGGCUUGCUGUUGUGUGGUUGAGCUCGGCGAAAGUGAUGUGAUUGCACAGAAUGUAAAUAAAUAUGUUAAAGCGUUUGUUAAAACUACUACAACAAAUUAUAUAUAGAUCUGAUAAACAAUUGUUAAAUAUGUAGAGCUCAAACAACUGCACAUUUUUACGUAAAGGCGGUAACAGACCCGACUCUGUGCUUAGUCAAUGUGUAAACGGGCAUAUUAUCACACUUUAUCACUAUGUGAAUUAUUCUUUCAUAUUAACAGAUAUUUUGCCGCAAUGUUUUAAAAAGUAUGCUGGCGGUUAUUUAUCAGGGAGAAUUUUAUGCAUAAUAAUUAUUACAUGUUUCACCAUCCCAACUCUGCAAUCUCAGCGCAGAAAAUGUAAAGUAAGUAAAAAACAAAAAUGAUUUACUUGCAUACAAACGCCCACACAUUACAUUGCAAAACGUAUAUAAAACAAGAAAACACAUCUACAUAAAAAAUAUCAAAAAAAAAAAAUUGUAGUUAUAGAUCUAUAUUUAUUAAUAAAUAAACUAAAAAUGAAAAAUAGGAUUAAAACGUAUUUUAGUAUAGCAGCGGAUGAAAAAAUACCGCAUCCUUUUUAGGCAAUAAUAACAAUAACAAAGUAAUAUAGCAGUAUGUAAAAGCAAAGCGUACAGCGCAUGAAAUGAAAUCUAACCUCAAAAUUGCCCUUACAAAAUUAAAACCUUAGAUUAGUAAAUAAAAAACAUCAAAACAAAUCAACAAAACUUUUAUGAAAAUUUAAGGAAAACAGUGCCUAAAAUAAAAUACAGACAAAAUGAAACCGAAACAACAAGCGAAAUUCUGCAGGAAUUAAAGUUUAAAUUUAUUGUAUGAUACAAUAUAUGUAUUUAUAUUUAUGUUCAUAAACAUUUAAAAUGGUUUAAAGCAAGACUCUUCUAAGCACAACAAAAACGUUGGCUGGAGUGUUACUCGUACCAAUGUGAAACUGAACUUCACGUUGAAUUAAUAUUUUCAUUUAUUCAAAUUGAUUAUAUAAAAAAAAAACAUACAUUGUUGUUAAUUAUAUACACAUAUACAUAUACAUAUAUAUAUUCAUAAUCAUUCAGACAAAAACACUCAUAAAUAUAUUUACAUAAAAAAUCGGGCAUUUACUAUUGUACAAUGCGAGCAAAUGUAUAGAAAGUGAGUAAAAUGAAUGGAGAAUUGCAUUAAUCAUUACUUAUAUGCUUAUACUUUAAUUAUACGACUGGAUUACUUGUUAAUUUAGCUUAAGCUAAACUACCACAUAAUUAGGUAUGUAUAUCUUAGCGAUAAGUUCCAUACUAAAUUAUUUAAUUUGACUUUGUUUAGUUUAAUCAUGCAUUAAUCAAAUGAUUACUUACAUUUCAAAUAUUAUAAAAUAUAGCACUAGCUGAAAAGUCUUUAGUUUACUUCAAGCAUUAAAAUGUCAAAAAGAACUUAGUAUUGGAAUAAAUACAAAGUUUAAGAUUCCUAUUGCAUUGAUUUUCUGCUGCAUACAAUUACUCUAUGUAAUUACGGACAUAAAUAUGGUAUAUACUAUACACGCAUACAAACAUAUAUGAAUGCUUAAGCUGCGUAAUGUAAUCACUUACAAAUAUCGCGCACUCUAUUAUCAAAUUUGUUUAUGCCUGUAGUAUAAUUAUAAUUUUAAAGAAAUAUCAUUUCCAUGCUUUUACUUAAGUUUCAAAGGCAAUUACAUAAUCUGGAAAUGUAAUAAAAAGAUACAUAUAUAAAAUACAUGAACUCUUAUUUCUCCCAUAUA